GCGUCCAAGCCCAAGGGCUACGCCGUGAGCCUGCACUACUCUGCGCUCAGCUCGCUGGCGCGUGCCUGCCCCGAAGGCGCGCUCAGCCGUGUGGGCAGCAUGUUCCGCUCCAAGCGCAAGAAGCUACACAUCACCAGCGAGGACCCUACGUACACUGUGCUCUACCUGGGCAACGCCACCACCAUCCAGGCGCGCGGCGACGGCUGCACCGACCUGGCAGUGGGCAAGAUCUGGAGCAAGAGCGAGGCGGGCCGCCAGGGCACGAAGAUGAAGCUGACGGUGAGCGCUCAAGGGAUUCGCAUGGUGCACGCGGAGGAGCGCGCGCUCCGCCGCCCGGGCCACCUCUACCUGCUGCACCGCGUCACCUACUGCGUGGCUGACGCGCGGCUGCCCAAGGUCUUCGCCUGGGUGUACCGGCACGAGCUGAAGCACAAGGCGGUGAUGCUGCGCUGCCACGCUGUGCUAGUGUCCAAGCCGGAGAAGGCGCAGGCCAUGGCCCUGCUGCUGUACCAGACGUCGGCCAACGCGCUGGCGGAGUUUAAGCGCCUCAAGCGGCGGGACGACGCGCGCCACCAGCAGCAGGAGCUGGUGGGGGCGCACACGAUUCCCCUGGUGCCACUGCGCAAGCUGCUGCUGCACGGACCCUGCUGCUACAAGCCGCCGGUGGAGCGCAGCCGCAGCGCACCCAAGCUGGGCUCCAUCACUGAGGACCUGCUCGGGGAGCAGCAGGAGCAGGAGGACGGGGAGGAGGAGCCCCUGGAGGCCUGCCUGGAGGAGGAGGACGAAGAGGAGGACGAUGCGGGGGACCGCACGUCGCAGCUGGACCCAGACCAGGAGGGGUCCGAGGGGCCGGGCGCGCUGGUGGCAGCCAUGCGCGCGGAGUGCGGCGACUUGUUGGACACGGUGCAGAAUGGCCGCGAGGAGGCGCUGGGCGCCGGGGCCGGGACGUCGAUUCCACUGCCGGGGGAGGGUGCCUCCUCCGACCUGAAGGCCCAGCUGUCGCAGCUGAUUAGCGACCUGGGCGAACUCAGCUUCGGCAACGACGUGCGCGCCCUGCAGGCGGACUUGCGUGUGACGCGCCUGCUGUCGGGCGAGAGCACGGGCAGCGAGAGCUCCAUCGAGGGCGGGGGCCCCGACGCCCCCUCUGCCACCGCCGAGAGCCCGGUUGGCUCUACCGACGGCGGUGCCAGCCCCAGCCCCGACGCGCCCCUCUCGGACUGAGCACUUGGCAUGGACUAUGCUGUGCGCCCCUGGUACCCGACAGCGACUCCCCAAACGUGGUCACAGCAACCUCCCUCUCCCCUUCCCGCCCAAGGAAAGGGGAAACGGGGCGCCCCGCCCUCGAGGGCGCCUAGGGCUGGGGUUCCAGUGGCUGCUUCCUUCCCGACCUGGGGCGCCCCAACACUUCUGGCUGCUCCGUUUGAGGUGGCUCAGGUUGCUCUUCGGCAUGUGGGGAAAUGCAAGAGGAAAACUCCAAAGGAGAGGGAAACCCUCUGGGGUGGGGGUGAGGAGAGUCCUCCGAGCAACUGGGAAAGUCCGGCCGGCAGCCAGCUUCCUGUUUGUGAGGCAGCUGGGCCAGCGGGGAGGUUUAACUUCCUGCGACCCCCUCCCUGGGAGCCAUCUUGCGCUGUCAUUGAUGUGUCCUUUAAAAAAAAAUCGCUGUCACAACAUCAAGGCUUUAAUCCCAUCCCGAAUCCCCAGUUCUUUUUGGUGCAAGAGCUUGGGCUGUUUACCUCCGACUCAAGACUCUUGAAAAAAUUGCCAAAUUCCUCAGAUAAUUGUUUGGCGGUGGGUUAUGAAAGAAAGUUGCAUUUUGUUUACAGUUAGACAUCUAAUAUCUUCAAAAAAGGAGUUUUCAUUUAGAAACACACACCUUCCUCCUUCCCCAAAGACCUCACUCCGUGAUGCUGUGUAAAAUAUUUUUGCACUGUUAUGAAGUAUUUUCGACUUUUUUGGUGUACAUAACUGUGUUCUCAGAGCUGAAUGUUUAUAUCUCUUUUGCUGUGCAAAAGAAACAUGUAAAAUGUUGUUCAGUUGUAUAUAUGGAAAUGUGGAUAAAACAUUUUGUUAUUUUUUGAGUAGCGGGGUUCUGGUUCUCUUGCACGCCGUGGGGGCCACAAUAAAGAGGAGACUGUCACACGGCAGGUGAGUGUCUGCAGCUGCCGCCU